UCUUGUUUGUUAUAGUGUCGUUGUUGUUGUAGUCUGUUAGCUGUCCUAUUUACUUAGCCGCGUUCUGUUAUCGAGGUUCCGCUGAUGGCUGCCACGAAAACAUCGAUUUUGUAAAACUUUUAGGUGAAGGAAAGAAUUCAGUAUGUAUCAGACGAUUUCAAAGGAGAAUCUAAAGUCACUUUCACAAUGGGAUGCAAAGGGCUGUCCUUUGGCACCGCUAACUGAGAAGCAGAGGGCUAGUAUCGUAGAACUGAGUACGUUUAACAAGAGGCCAUUGCCUGAAAAGUUUAAAGAUGCUGCAUUUCAACAGAAAGUGGAACCAAAGGAAGUCACAAAAGAGGGAAAGGAAAUCUCAGGACUUGAAUGGGGAGGGAAAAAAGUACAAAAUGCACAACAGUUCUUUUCAUGGUUCACUCAAGUCCAAGCACAAAUGGAGGAGGACCAAGAGUACACAUACAGGGAGCACCAAAAUGAGCUCAAUCAAUAUUGUAAAAAAUGUGAUUUAGUGCUGGAUCAGAUAAGAGCUCUUCUUGAUGGUCUAGAAGAUCUUCAAAAGAAGUAUGCAUUUGUGUUGACUCAAACCAGAGCUUUGCAUGAUGCAUGUGAGCAGUCUAUCCAGGAACAGGCAGCACUUACCAGCCAAGUGGAAGGAAUUUCCGAACGUCUGAUGUUUUUCAGUACACUUGAAGUAGUCAAACACAAAAUGACUGGGACCAUUUCUAUGACUGGUGAAGCAUUUGUACCACUAUUAACAAGAAUAGACGAAUGUAUCUCGUACAUGGAGAGAAAUGCACAUUUUAAAGAUUCAGGUGCAUACCUUUUGCGAUUCAAACAAUGCUUAAAUCAAGUACUUAGCAUGCUGAAGCACCUCGUUUACAAAAUACUGCGGAAUUCUACUGAUCAGGCACAUGCACAUCUCCAAAAGGAUCCUGGAGUCGCACAAGAGGGCCUGUAUACUACGAUGUAUGGCAAGUUCAAAGCCCAAGCUUUCAGAAUAAAAAAUAUUAUGGAACAGGUUGAGCAAAAACAGCAGACCCAUGCAGAAUAUGACUCCUUUGUUAAGGACUGUCAGCAGCUUUAUUUUGAAUGCCGAGCCCAGCUGCUCCAGCCGUACAUUUCAAGUGUCGUACAGAGAAUGGUCAAGCAACAUACUCGGAAUCAAUGCACUCUAUUUAGGUCUGGCUGCUCAUUUCUUGUUCACGUUUGUCAAGAUGAACACCAGUUGUAUUUUGAAUUUUUUACGAAGAGAAGCGAAGGUUUAGAUUUUUUGCUUGAAGGAUUUUGCAACGCACUCUAUGAAACAUUUCGACCCUUGAUCAUUCACAUGACACAUAUGGAAACUUUGGCUGAGCUCUGCAACAUAUUGAAGGUUGAAAUGCUGGAAGAGCAUGUGGCAAGAAAAGCGGACCAGCUAUCAGCAUUUGAAGUUAUUGUUUCGCAGCUGCUGGAAGACGUGCAAGAGAGGCUCGUAUACAAGGCUCAGACCUACGUGCAAAAUGACAUUAGAAACUACAAACCGGCAUCAGGAGACUUAGCAUAUCCGGACAAGCUCAUGAUGGAGACAAGCAAUCUGAUGGGAAAAGUCGAAGAUAUAGCCGAGAAUAAAUCUUAUUCUACAAUUGCAAUGGUGGACCAGCAAGCAAUGUGGUACCCUACUGUUCGCAGGACUCUAGUUUGCCUGUCAAAACUCUACAAUUGCAUUUCAAAACCUACGUUUGAAGGACUUGCCCAAGAAGCCCUUUCAAUCUGCAUAACAACUUUGAAGAGUGCCUCCAAAACAAUUGCAGAUCGAAAGGGUGCAAUAAACGGUUCUUUGUUCUUCAUUAAACAUUUACUGAUUUUGAGAGAGCAGAUUGCCCCAUUUGAUGUCGACUUCGCAGUCAAAGAGGUUGCAUUGGAUUUUUCAAAGAUGAGAACAGCUGCUUUUGGUUUGUUAUCAAAAGGAACCAGAUUGCUUAGCUUGAGUACAAAUAACGCCAUUCUGGAGUUUCUUCUUGAGGGCGUUCCGCAGUUAACUGAAUACUGUUUGGACUCAAAAAAGGAAGUGGAUGCAGAACUGAAAAAUGUGUGUGAACAAUUCAUUGGCACGGCUGUUGAUAAUUUCGUCAGUCCCCUGACCUCGCUGCUCGAUAAAAUGGACACACUGACACAGCUGGCUGAAGAGGAAGGCAAGGACAAGCACCAAAUUAUUAACCAGCAGCCAUUUGCAAAACCAGAGAGCGUGCGGAAAGUGGUCAGCGAGGCUUACAUGAUGCUGAAGUCGAAACUGCCGGGGGUGAUGGAGAGUAUGUCAUUGUACUUGGCAAGCAAAGAAACAGAGUAUAUCUUAUUCAAGCCCAUUAAGACAAAAGUCCUGAAAGUGUACAAACAGCUGUCUCAACUUGUGCAAGAAAAUUACAGCUUGGAAGACCAACAAAUCAUCGGAUGUCCAUCGCAAGAACAGGUCUCACUUCUCAUGGCAUUUCGAUAGUAUGCAGAAACUCCCUAACGAUUUUCAAGCAACUGAUCAAAGUCGGGGCCGAAUUAAUAUAUUAACGCGACUCAGAAAGAGUUUAGAAUAUUUAAAGUCAGUAGAAUAUAAAAAUUUAAAUUCAUUCAAAA